ACUUUUGGAGGGAAAUUUCUAGUUUGCCCUUUCGCGCCAAUUUCGCCGAUUGUCAAAAGAUAAUUGGUCAAAUUGAUGAGCAGAUGAACCUCUGGAUUCUGCAAUUGAGCGAUGGAGUCUCAUGAAGAUGACAUAUUUUUUCUGCCCCGCAAGUUUGACGAUGUUGUACCGUCUACUCCUUCCUCCUCUUCCUCCUCAUCUUCAGGAAUAGAAGAAGUGAAGUUUGGCAGAGUUGGAAAAGGGAAAAGAACGAAUCCUUCGAUAUUACAGGAUAAGCCCAACAGGAGGCCUCGUGGUGGCUUAAAGGAAGAUUCUAAAAAACUUCAAGACAAUUGUUCGGAAGACGCCCUCGAUAGAACUAAGAAGUUUCACGAGUUUGAGGGGCUCCUUUUGAAGCUUGAAGAAAAUAGACGUCGUUUUAAACUUCUAGACGAAGUUGACGCAGCUCCUUGUGACCCUUUAGAUAACUCUGUGCAGUUGGCUUCAACCAAUAGUGAAAACCUGGACAACAUUAUUGUAAAAUUGCAGUCAGCAAGUUUGAAAGAAGUUUUUUGCAUUCGCAGGGUUGGUGGGUUUUUUAUUUCUUUCGAUAAAUUGUCUAUAUCACCCAUAGAGUACCACUAUGAGGACGUUGCUUAUGGCGUGCUGUAAAAGAUGGGGUCUUUCAGAGUCGAACACUGUGCUGUAUUUUGACGGGCGUGUAGUGAGUUCUGACAGUACAGCUGAGAGCCUUGAACUAGAAAAUGACGAUCUGAUAGACGUUGUUUGUAACGGAUAGUAGUUGUUUUUGUGUCUCUAUUCUAAAACGGAAGGAAUGAGUGAGUUCUUCUUGUCUUCCAACAAGGAAGUGAGCUGAAGAUCCAACUUUAACAAAAGCAAUUUGUCAUUUCGGCGGUAAUGCAUUAGAAAAGAAUGGUCGAUGUUAGGAUUGCGAGUGAAACCGAUUUUGACUGUUGUGAUAACCUUUUGGAUAAAGUAAAUACACACGACUUCUGUCAAUGUCUUGAAUUACUGUCCUCAGAACAGCUCAAGAUUAACAACAGC